UCUCUCUCUCUCUCUCUCUUUCUCUCUCUCUCUGGGUGCAAGUGGAGAGGGAGAAGAAAGAUGGACAGAGAAGAUGAAAAGCCAUCCCUAGCAACACCUCUGAUUGAUAUCCUCCAUGAAGAUGAUGGAAAAGGACUUGAUUUUGAUAGAGAAGAAAGGAACAAGAACAGUGACGAGAAGGGCAUUAAUAAGAGGAAUAAGGAGAUUGUGGAAGAAGUGAAGAAGCAACUAUGGCUUGCAGGGCCUCUCAUCUGUGUCAGUCUUUUACAGUUCUGUUUACAGCUUAUUUCAGUGAUGUUUGUGGGUCAUCUUGGAGAGCUGGUCCUCUCUGGUGCUUCCAUGGCCAGCUCCUUCGCAUCUGUUACUGGUUUUAGCAUGUUGCUGGGAAUGGCAAGCGCAUUGGAUACCUUAUGUGGGCAGUCCUAUGGAGCAAAGCAAUACCAUAUGCUUGGGAUACAGAUGCAAAGAGCCAUGCUUGUUCUUUCACUUGUAAGCAUACCUCUUGCAGUGAUUUGGGCAAACACCGGUCCUAUUCUUGUCUUUCUUGGCCAAGAUCCUGACAUAUCCGAACAAGCUCAACUAUACGCAUGUUACAUGAUCCCUAGCAUUUUUGCCUAUGGCCUUCUUCAAUGCCUUGUUAAGCUCUUACAAACCCAAAACAUCGUCUUCCCAAUGAUGAUAAGCUCUGGAAUCACGACUUUAAUCCACCUCCUCGUGUGUUGGCUUCUGGUGUUCAAGUCUGGCCUAGGUAUCAGAGGGGCUGCCUUGGCGAAUUCCAUUUCUUAUUGGAUAAAUGUGGCCUUGCUGGUGCUUUUUGUGAAGUUCUCUCCUUCAUGUGCAAAGAGUUGGACUGGGUUUUCCAAAGAGGCUUUGCACAAUAUCCCCACUUUUAUCAAACUUGCAAUCCCUUCAGCUGUCAUGGUCUGCAUGGAAGCGUGGUCAUUUGAAAUGAUGGUUCUGCUAUCUGGUCUUCUUCCUAAUCCUCAGUUAGAAACCUCGGUGCUUUCAAUCUGCCUCAAUACAGCUUCAACAGUUUGGAUGAUCCCAUAUGGACUCAGUAAUGCAGUGAGCACAAGGGUCUCAAAUGAACUCGGGGCAGGGCACCCACAAACUGCACGUUUGGCAGUGUGUGUCGUCAUGGUCAUGGCCAUUACUGAGAGCGUUUUGGUAGGAGCAAUCCUGAUAUUGAUACGUAACAUCUGGGGCUACGCUUAUAGCAAUGAAAUACAAGUGGUCAGAUAUGUAGCAACCAUGAUGCCCAUCCUUGCAAUAUCCAAUUUCUUGGAUGGAUUCCAAUGUGUUCUUUCAGGGGCUGUUAGAGGAUGUGGUUGGCAAAAGGUUGGUGCAUUUGUGAAUCUGGGGUCAUAUUAUCUUGUGGGCAUUCCUUCUGCUUUGUUAUUAGCUUUUGUCAUACACGUUGGAGGAAGGGGCCUCUGGUUGGGGAUUAUAUGUGCUCUCAUUGUGCAAGUUUUAUCGCUUCUUAUCAUUACAUUGCGCACUAACUGGGAGCAAGAAGCGAAGAAGGCAACAGAACGAGUGUAUGACUCUAUAAUUCCUGUGGAUAUAGUGUCAUGAAGCUGAAAUGCUACAACAACAAUAACAGAGCAGAGAAACUUCAUUCCCUUUAACAAUAAAAGUCAUGAUAUACAUUUUUACUGGUACAAGUGGGAACCCCAAAGAUUGAAGGCUCUAUUGAAGCAACCCAACCAAUGAAGCUAAUUCUCCAAGCGUCUACGUAUUAAGAAGCCUCCUACUUGUUAAAGAGAGGGAAAUUUUACCCAGUUAAUUCAGUGACAUCUCCUGUAUAGAAGUGUUUACAGAUUUAUAACAUUUAUUUACGUAUGAAAGAAGUAUUUUCAAACUUCUGUGCUCGAAAGACUGUUUGAAGCAACAAAAUUUGAUGUGCAAGGAUACAUGAAAGCAAAUUCUAUUAAGAUCAUUGUAGUGAAUCUCGCAGUGAAAAUCAAGACUCUUUUUGUAUCCUUGUAUCAAGACUUGUGCAAGAAAAAAAAUCAAGAAA